AUGCUGCUGUCGGGAGUCGGGACGAACGCCGUCGGAUUCGACCUCUCACCCGGGGCUUCAUUUGCCCAGCACAUGUCUAGCCAAGGAUUUGAUAUGUGGAUAGUUGAAGUAAGAGGUGCUGGUCUUAGCAUGCGUGACUGUGAUGAUUCUGCUGCAUCUGGUUCAGUCACUUUUGAGGAUGUCUCUGGUGGUAUUCAGCCGCUUAAUAAACAGAGUACAUUCGAGGCUACGUCCCUUCAGAGUUUUGGUGGCUAUGCUAGUGAUUGUGAUGACCUUGGAAUAGUUGCUUUGGAUGAACCGCCUUUACUUGCUGAGCUUUCUAAUUUUUUUGAUCGAAUCUCAAAACUCAUGGAAGAGGCUGUAAUUAAUGGAAAUUUUCAUGAGAUCACAGAAAAAGUUUCUGUUCUCUCAGAAAUGGUAGAGAGCUCUACCAUUAUUGGUCCAGACCAGUUGGAUUCAUGGGAGCGUUUUGUAGCAGCACAGAUGGAUCUGACUUCUGAAUAUAAUUGGGACUUCGACCAUUACGUAGAGGAGGAUAUACCUGCUGCGGUGGAGUAUAUUAGACAACACAGCAAAGCAAAAGAGGGGAAGUUGCUUGCCAUUGGACACUCAAUGGGGGGAAUUUUGUUAUAUGCAAUGCUGUCAAGAUCUGGUUUUGAAGGAGUUUCGUCAAAUUUAGCAGCUAUUGUCACUUUGGCUUCUUCUGUUGACUAUACAACAUCCAAUUCAUCGCUGAAGCUGUUACUGCCUCUUGCUCAUCCUGCACAAGCCCUUAAUGUCCCUGCUGUUCCAUUGGGUACAGUGCCCGCAAAGGUUGUCCUGCAACUUACAACCGCAUUCAGGGAAGGUGGGCUGUGCAACCGAAAUGGAACGUUCUCGUAUAAGGAUCAUUUGCAAGAGUGUCAGACUCCUGUCCUUGCAUUGGCUGGAGAUAAAGAUCUAAUCUGCCCUCCCGAGGCUGUUUAUGAAUCUGUGAAACUCAUUCCGAAGCACAAGGUGAACUAUAGGGUGUUCGGAAAGCCACAAGGCCCACAUUAUGCACAUUAUGACUUGGUUGGAGGUCAACUGUACAGGUUCCCUGAUAUCGGCGGCCAGUGGCCGACUUCGUUCUUGGUCCCUUCUAUUCCGGCGGAAUCCGUUGCGGACCACCUCGCGACGGCGGUUUAUACCCUGAUUUGGGAGGGGAGAAUGCCUGAUAUCCAGCUAGGAUGCCACUCUAUACAGUCCCAUGGCACCAAAGUGGCAAGAGUACACAUGUAUGACUGGAUUAUACUUUUAUGUCUUGCUGUACUUGAUGGACUGUUAAACAUAAUUGAACCCUUUCACCGCUUUGUUGGACGCGACAUGAUGACUGACUUGAGUUAUCCCCUCAAGGGCAACACAAUCCCAUUUUGGGCUGUUCCACUGAUUGCCAUCAUGCUACCCUGGGUCAUCUUUGGCGUCAUUUACUUCAAAAAGAAAAAUGUCUAUGAUUUACACCAUGGCAUACUAGGGAUCUUAUAUUCAGUGCUUAUAACUGCUGUGAUCACUGAUGCAAUUAAGGAUGGUGUUGGCCGCCCUCGGCCAGAUUUCUUUUGGCGUUGUUUUCCUGAUGGCAAACCUAAUUAUGAUAAUAUCACCACCGGUGUGAUUUGCCAUGGAGAAAAGAGUGUCAUCAAGGAAGGUCAUAAGAGCUUCCCAAGUGGGCAUUCUUCAUGGUCUUUUGCUGGUCUAGGUUUUCUUGCGUGGUACUUGGCUGGAAAACUUAAAGCUUUUGAUCGCAAAGGUCACAUUGCAAAACUGUGCUUAGUUUUUCUGCCUCUACUUGUCGCGUCACUUGUGGCGGUUUCUCGAGUUGAUGAUUACUGGCAUCACUGGCAAGAUGUCUUUGCAGGCGGCACCUUAGGUCUUACAGUUGCUUCAUUCUGUUACCUGCAGUUCUUCCCGUUUCCCUUUGACAAUGAUGCUCUAUGGCCACACGCAUACUUCCAACAGCUAGCUGAGACACACAGCAAUGGUAAUGCAAACUCAAUCAACAUAAGACCUAUACAGUCUGAAGAUGAACAAGAAGACCAUGGUGGCAUUGCCCUGAGGGACACCAGCCCUAUCUUGGAGUCGAUGGAGUCUGGCAGGAGACCAUGA